AUGGAAGACCGUCCAGCAAGACAACUCAUUCGCAACAUCCCCGACUUAAAUAUGCAAGCCUUAUUACGAGAAAUGGAGCGACUCCUAGAUCGAAGGCUCAACCCAAUCGAAGAUCAAUUAUUCCAAGUUGAAACAAUUAGCCAACGUGAAAGAACUCCCGAGGCGACUAGACAAAGGCGGGAGAGGCCAAAUCAAAAUCGGGGAAGACGAAGGUUCCAAGACGAUGAAGCAAACGACCUUAGUGAUCUUGAAAGCGAACAAGAGUCUAAUGCUAGUGAUCGACGUAGGCAACACCGACAACGAGAUCGAAGACGCAAAGAUGAUGAUCUCAAGAACAUUAAACUGUCUAUUCCACCGUUUCAAGGUAUAUCGGAUCCGGAGGCCUAUCUUGAAUGGGAGAAAAAGAUAGAGUUGGUGUUCAAAUGUCACAACUAUUCUGAGAAAAAGAAAGUGAAACUAGCGGUGAUAGAGUUCUCAGCCUAUGCCAUGAUUUGGUGGGAUCAAUUAACUACUAACCGAAGGCGUAAUGGAGAACUUCCUAUUUCCACAUGGGCCGAAAUGAAGGCAACCAUGAGGCGACGCUUUAUUACCACAUAUUACCAUCGGGAGUUACACCAAAAACUCAAAAAUCUAACACAAGGGACCAAAAGUGUCGAGGACUACUUUAAAGAGAUGGAAAUCGCGAUGAUUCGCGCCAAUGUGCAAGAAGACCCUGAAGCAACGAUGGCACAAUUCUUGGCUGGUUUAAACCACGAUAUUGCCAAUGUUGUCGAAUUACAACACUACCUUGAAGUGGUAGGCAUGGUCCAUAUGGCCAUCAAGGUAGAAAAGCAACUCAAACGAAAGGGACCGAGUCGAGGAUUUACCACUUCCAACAUUCUCAAAUGGGGCCAAGGAACGAGUAAAGGUGUUUCCAAUUCCCGAGGAAAGGAGUUCACGGCUCCUCUAAAAACCAAUAAGCCUACCACCAAAGUGAACAAAGGCAAGGCACCCGAAUUGUCCUUCAAUCAAAAUCGAGACAUCAAGUGCUUUAAGUGCCUCGGGAGGGGCCACAUAGCAAGUCAAUGUCCUAACCGAAGGACCAUGGUGUUAAGGGCUAAUGGCGAGAUAGAAAUGGAGGACGAGGAAGAGAAAGAGUCUGAAUCGACUUCUGAAGUUGAGGAGGACUUAGAACAACCUAUGGAAGGAGAACUACUAGUGGUAAAGCAAAGUCUAAGUCUCCAAGGCGCGGACAAUGACCUCCAACGAGAGAACAUCUUCCACACCCGAUGUCAAGUCGGAGGCAAAGUAUGUAGUGUCAUCAUCAAUGGAGGUAGUUGUACCAAUGUAGCAAGUACGAUGAUGGUUGAAAAGCUUGGUCUGCCCACAACUAAGCAUCCAAGUCCUUACAAACUUCAAUGGCUCAAUGACGGAGGAGAGCUUAAGGUAACAAAGCAAGUACUUGUCUCUUUCAACAUCGACAAGUAUUCAGAUGAAGUUCUUUGUGACAUCGUACCGAUGCAUGCGGGGCAUUUGUUACUUGGCCGACCGUGGCAAUUUGAUAGGCGAGUUCAACACGACGGGUAUACCAACCGGUAUACAUUCAAAUUUAUGGGAAAGAAUGUGACAUUGGCACCGUUGACUCCCAAACAAGAUUUCCAAGAUGUUUUUCCGAAAGAAGCCCCGAGUGGUCUUCCACCACUUCGUGGAAUCGAGCAUCAAAUUGAUUUCGUGCCGGGAGCGGUUAUUCCAAAUUGA